UUCCUUCAUGAUCUAUCUCCCAAUCUAGAUAGCCUAGCCUAGCCACCCAAAGGGGUGGAUAAUAAUAAUCUUCAUUUAAAAUGCUAAUUUUAGAAUAUUUUUUGUUAUGAAUUUUUUAGACAAUAUUGGUUGAUUUUCAAGCACCAACCCAUUUUAUAUUGUCAAAUUAAAUAACAAAAGAAAAAAGAGGAAACUAGAGGUAAAAAUCUAGAUGCUUAAUAUAGGCUAGGAGAAAAGAAAACAAAGAUAAACCUUGGAAUUAAGACCUCUCAACCCCUUCAAAAACCACCAUGUCUUAACCCUUUCACCCUAAACGAAAUCAAAACAACACAAAACAAGAAAGAAACAAUCAAACAAACCCAAAACAAAUCCUUUGUCAGAGGAAAUUAGUAGAGAAGAAGGUUAGGAGUAAAGGGCAAGCCCUAACUCCAAUUAGGGAAAUUCCUACCCAAAACAAGAGCUCAAUUUCCGAACUUCUAUCAAGGUUUGUCAUUUUCUGCCUUAUCUUUCAUUUUUAAGCUUAAAGUUAAAAACUGGAAUUUUGGUCAUUUUCUUCUUAUCUUUCAUUUUAAGCUUAAAGUUAAAAACUGGGUUUUGGUCAUUUUCUCUUUAAUCUUCCAUUUUCAAGCUUAAAGUUAAUAACUGAGUUUUGGGGAGUCCUCAACAUCUUAACAACAUUUAAUUUGAUUGAAAUGUUGUGCAUUAGAAAUCAAUUAAUUUACUAUCAAAUUGAAAUUUAUAGUUUGACAAACAAGAAAACAAUCCAUCGAAAUGAACACGGCGAAAAUGUCUGACAAAUGGUUGUUAAUUCUUUAUUCUGUAAAUAAAACAGCUCUAAUGUUUAUUUUUUUGAUUUCCUCUGCAGUAAUUUUCAGGGAGUAAAAUAAUGUCUCCAACAAAAUCCAGGAAUAAAUCCAAAAAACCCGCCGGGAAUUCUGCCAGACCACCGCAAAACAAUGUGGCAACCAACCCGAAGAAAAGCGGCUGCUCCGACCCGACUCCCGGAUUGGAUAUUCUCUCAUCGUCGCCGGAUUCUUCCUCCUCGCCCGACCAUGACAAUUUGGGCAGCCCAAUCGGGGCACUGCUGCUGGGCUCCGAACCCGAUUCGGUUUCCAACAACGGCAGCUGCUACUCCGGCGAGGAAGACCCAAAAGAAGUCACCAAAACGACCGCGACCCGGCUGCCGGACAACCUCCACGUCACAGUCUCCGGUCUGGACAGCGACCGGCGGGAAAAAAUCCGGUUGAAGAACGAGAAGAAGCACGCCAGACAGAGGGAGCGGCGAGCACAAGAGCUCCACGAACGCUGCUGUGGGUUCCUGAUGUCGAGGAAGCUCGAAUCCCUCUCGCAGCAGAUCGUGGCGAUGGGAUUCUCCAAAGAUCGUGCCACAAUGGCGCUCAUGAUGAACGACGGGAAGGUAGAGGAGUCCGUGAAUUGGCUUUUCGAAGGCAACGGCGAUGAUAACGGCGAUCAAGGUGAUAAGGACGACGGAGAAAGUAGUAUCCCCGAAAAGAAGAAUUUAGGGUUGAAGAUUGAUAUCAGCGACGAGCUUGCUGAGAUUGCAGCUAUGGAGGUUCGAUUCAAAUGUUCUAAACAAGAAAUUGAAAGGGCAGUUGUGAAUUGUGAAGGGGAUCUCGCGAAAGCAACAGAGGUUCUGGCUUCCCAGAAGCCAGAGCAGGCGACUCCUCCUCCGCCGCCGCCGCUGCCACCACAAGCGAACUUCGAGCUCGGCGUCGAUGUCGCCGCGGUUCCCCGGCAGAGGAUGAUCCAUUAUUCGGACCCUGUCAACAGAAACUUUCAGAAUCAGAGGUGGGGGAAUCAUGGCUAUGGAUACAACAACCCAUCACUAUUUCAAUCACCAAAAUUUCAGCAACAGCAUUCACAGUUCAUGAAUUCCAAUCAAUACCCAGUUCAGAGCUCAAACUCUUAUUCUUCAACAGCAAGAUGGUAUUCCAGUAAUGUUCCUUUCCAAAGCCAUAAUCACCAUCCCCUCCACCACCGUCCAUCGUCGUAUAAAGAAACACCAUUUCUGUUCAGCGGCCCAAACCCAAUGGAAGCUUCGGCAGGACCUAGAAUGGGUGGUGGUAGUAGUAGAUCAUCAGAGUAUCAGAGUUUUCCAUCUUCCAGUAAUUUGCCAUCAUUAGCAGCUCCAUCUUCGCUUGGGCUGUUUGAUAGCUGGGGAUCACCAACUUCACAGGUUGAUUGGAACAGUGGAGGUAUGAUGUCUAAUUUCGAUUAUACGAGCAUAGAUUGGAGUCUGGAUUCAAGCUUGCUGCCUUCCAAGUCAAGGAGAAUGUGGCUGGGGCUCUCCUCGUUGUUGAUUAGCAAUGGUUCUUCGGCCGGCGGGAAUGGAGGUAUGGAAGCAACAUCUUCUGCGGCAGGAUUGCGUGAUUGGACCUCUCCUUUUGCACAGAAGGAUAUGUUCAGCUUGUCUAGACAAUUUGUUACCUCUCCUUCUCUUUAAGAGCAUGAAAGUCACAGAGAGAGGGAUGGUUGCAACCUGUAUAUUUUGUUGAUGUUGGGUGCAUAAAUGUUCAUCUCCAUG